AUGGUUACUCGGAUGUAUUUGCUGCUAUGUCUCCUGAUCACAGUGGUGAACUGUGACAACAGCUUCAUCUUUUAUGAAAAGUUGAAACUUGGUGACGAAGCAGAGAUAUCACCAGGAGGUCUCAUAAAGAAUGCAAACGAAACAAGUUGGGGCAUGGGUUCUGUUUUCUAUUCACUUCCCCUAAGCUUCAAGAAUUCGUCAAACGAGGUUGCUUGUGGAAGGAGGCCAAUCCAGUCAAGGUCACCACCUGAAGAGGUAAUUCUAGUGGACUGGGUUGUGGAAUGUUGGAGAUCAGGAGAAAUUUUGAAGACCGCAGAUCCCAAAUUAAACAAUGAUUUUGAGGUGGAGGAAAUGGAGCUGGUCUUAAAGGUUGGAUUACUUUGUUCACAUCCUCUGCCAGCAAUUAGGCCAAGCAUAUCUCAAGUUUUGAUGUAUUUAACUAGUCAUGCUUCAAUGCCUGAAAAUUUGGAUGCUCUUCUUUCGACACUUGAGUCUUGGAAGGGGCUCAAUGAUACCAUGUUAAACCAUUGUGUUUCUGAAACUAAAAAUUCUAGACCCCUGCUUACAAUUACUGAAUUGUUUACCGGCCGCUGA